GCAACAAAGCCCUCGACUGAAGAUCAGACCUGCCCUACCGGAGAUCCAUCACAGACCAACCAACAAGAUGAAUAGAAAUAGCGGUAGCCCGAAAUGGACAAGAAGAUCCUCAGGCAUAUGCAUGGCUUGCUCGAUUGGCCCACGACCGAGUCUAGAUAUGGCGGGCAUCCCUCAUUCUCCUCCAUAAGAAGCCAGAUAGAAGCCCGGAAGUAGAAGCCCAAAAGGAGCCGCGGAGAGCGGACCGGUAGAGGCUUUGGGGCAGGCUGAAGCACAAAAGGAGCCGCGGGGAGCGGACCAAAGGAGGCUUCAGCUGGGAGAACCCAGGGCAGGCUGUACGGAGAAGGAAAAUAAAAAGAAAAGGUUGUCCACUACCAGACUGUGUCGUGUGUCCUUCCUGCCGGCCGGGAGCGGACAUCGACAUUUGGUGGCCCGUACGGGGACUGAUCACCCCCGAGACGUAGUGGACAACGCUCCAGUACAGAGCUGCGAGACAGGUGAGUUGGGGAUAAGCCUGGGCUCUGGGUGGCGCGCACCUACAGGGCUUUUAGACUCCCCUCAGGCUCACGCGUAAGUGGCGGAUUCCUUGGGCCUCACGCGGUGAGUAACAUAUUAAAAGAUGGGAAACAUGUUAGGUAGCAACACUAAGAGCGAGGGUGGUUGUGGAGAAAGCUCUCAAGAGCUUACAAAAGUAUGCAGGGUAUCUGAGCAGGCCCAGUCAGGGAGCUCCCGAGAGGUGUUUGUCAAGGGGAACAAGGAUGCUAAGGAGGAGGACGGGGCUCUAGCCUCGGAGUCGUCUGACUCCGAGGACGAGGGAAAGUUAAAUGGCAGGGAGGCCAAAGAGACCAGCUGUCAGGAGCCUAAAUCGCUCAAUAAGGAGUCGCAGGGUUCUUUUCCAGCGUUGCCCCGCGAAUUGCGCUCUGCUCAACCUGGUCUGCGGAGGAGUAGAGAGCUCCUGAGUGCGCCCCGGCACGAGAGGGAGGCGGUCCCUCGCCACGAGGCGGCCGCCUGGGAGCUCCCUCCCCUUUCGCCAGAACAGGAAGUGAUGCACGGGCCCCCAUUUUCCGCCCAAUCACGGCCGCCGUCUUAUGCUCCGCCACCGGCGGGUCGGUAUUUUUACAGGCGGCUUUGGCAGGGGGGACGCUUGUCUCAUGAGGUACAUCCACCUGGGAUAGAUAGUGGCCCCUACGGGAUAUUUCCUGUACAAGUAGCUAUGGGCCAGGGACGCAAUGUAUGGGAGCCUUUUGAGAUAAAGCAGAUUAGAGAACUUAAAAAUGCAGUUACAACCUUUGGGCCGACUGCGCCUUACACCAUUGCCAUGCUGGAGAAUCUGUCUUCUGGGCCCCUCACCCCCGCGGACUGGAUUCAGCUGGCAAAGGCCUGUCUGCCCUCGGGCAGUUACCUGGAUUGGCGAGCCUGGUAUGCAGAGUUCUCUGCCGAGCAGGCUGAGAAAAACGCCAAUCGAGGAAACCGGGGGUGGAACAAGGAAAUGCUUAUGGGAGAAGGUCGGCACGCUGAUGACCAGACCCAGUUCCCCGGCGCUGUCUAUGAGCAAAUCAAUGCCAUAGGACUCCGCGCCUGGAAGCAAGUAAGUGGUGCUGGAACAGCCUCCUUGUGUCUUUCAAAAAUAAUUCAGGGUACCACAGAGCCAUUUGUUGACUUUGUGGCCCGAAUGCAAGAUGCUGCCGAUAAGAUAUUUUCUGAUCCGGGAGUGGCUCAACCGCUGGUAAGACAGCUGAUUUUUGAGCAAUGUACAAAGGAGUGCAAGGCAGCGAUAGCUCCUCAUAAGAACAAGGACCUCAAUGCCUGGAUUAGGAUAUGCAGAGAGAUAGGGGGGCCGCUCUCCAACUCGGGAGUGGCUGCUCUCCUGGCCGCGGCUGUACAGCAGAGGGGACCUCGCGGGUUAGAAGGGGAAUGUAAGGCUAAAGGGUGUUUUGCCUGCGGGGAGCCAGGACACAUUAAACGUCACUGCCCAAACAAUGCAGAUGCUAGGCCUCGCCCUAGGAAUGAAGAACCAUAUGUUUGUGGGCGAUGCAAGAAGGGAUCACACAAAGCUGAGGAGUGUAGGUCGGUCUUUGAUGCUCAGGGCAACCGUAUUUGUGGACAAGAUGCUAGAGAGCCAAAAAACGGCCAGAGGGGGCCCCCUUCACAGGCAGGCCCCCGCCCCAGAGACAGGACAGCUCAGGGUGGCAGCCUUCAACAAGGGCCACCCCUGGGUCAGCAGGUGUGGACCUCAGUGUCGCCUCCAGACUUAUAUGGGUGUUCAUCUUGUCAUUUGUCACUCAGCACCCUAUAAUUUUUCCAAAGGUUACUGCCUCUGAGCCAUUAGUCCCAGCAACUACAAUAUAUACAGAUGGCUCCAAGACGGGGAUAGGCGCCUAUGUGAUCCUAGGCAAGCCCCCGGUUACCAUACAAUUUGAACCAGAUCAGCCUCAGGUGGUGGAACUGCAGAUCGUUAAAAUGAUUCUUGAACGGUUCUCAGAGGCCAUUAACAUUGUCUCCGAUUCUAGGUAUGUGGUCAAUGCUAUGCAAGUGCUUGAGACUGCCAGUUUAAUUAGAUCCACUUCCACAGUGGCUGGACUGUUCCUGUCUAUCCAGACAUUGCUUCAAAACAGACACCAUAAGGUCUUCACCACCCACAUAAGAGCACAUACAUCCCUGCCAGGGCCCAUGGCACAGGGGAAUGCGGCUGCUGACACUGCCACUCGCCCGUUAUGGAUUUUUACCUUACUAACACCAAUCGAGCGAGCCCGUGCCUUCCAUGAUAAAUUUCAUGUUAAUGCCAGGACACUAGCAAACCAUUUCCAUGUUUCUAGAGCAGAUGCACGAGAUAUCGUGCGACUAUGUGACUCCUGUGCCACAUACAAACCUGCCAUACCGAUGGGAGUAAACCCUCGAGGUUUGAUCCCUGGUGAUGUUUGGCAGAUGGACAUCACACAUAUACAGGAGUUUGGGACUCUUAAAUAUGUUCAUGUUUCCACAGACACCUGUUCUCGCGUCAUAUUUGCAACAGCAGAAACAGGUGAAAAAGUGUCUAAUGUGAUCAAUCAUUGCCUGGCAGCUUGGGCCGCAUGGGGCAAACCAAAAAUAUUAAAAACUGAUAA